UGACCUACCUUAUAAAUAUUCAGAACACUCUUUCACUUUCGUUUUCGCAAGAGUACAUUCCGUGAACCAUAGCGAACAGUUCAGGCUGAAGUCGAUUUAUUUGAAUAAUUUACAGCACUGUAAGUAUUGAGUUGCGAAAGCAGUCAUGGCCAGCUGUGUUGCCUUCAUGGAGUCCCCAGUGUGUCUGAUUGAAAAUACGGAUGGAAACCUUUCCGUGAACUCAGAGGCGGUAGAGAUCUUGAUGGGGCUGCAUCAGCCAGUAGUGGUGGUGGCCGUGGUUGGCUUGUAUCGCACCGGAAAGUCUUACCUCAUGAACAAACUGGCUGGGAAGAAGCAUGGAUUUGCCCUGGGAGCCACCAUACAGUCCAAAACCAAGGGCAUCUGGAUGUGGGCGGUACCUCAUCCCACGAAAGUCGGCCACACCCUAGUGUUGCUGGACACCGAGGGGCUUGGGGAUGUGGAGAAGGGAGACCAGAGGAACGACGCCUGGAUCUUUGCACUGGCCAUCCUCCUGAGCAGCACUCUAGUGUACAACAGCCGGGGGACCAUAGACAACCAAGCAGUGGAGAACCUGCAAUAUGUCACCGAGCUGACAGAACGGAUCAAAGUCAAAUCCCCCAGUGGCGGUUCGUCCUCUGAGGAUGCUGACGAUGGAGCAGACGCACAGUUUGUGCAGUUCUUCCCCAAGUUUGUGUGGGCAGUUCGGGAUUUCACGCUGGAGCUCAAGAUUGAUGGGAGGGAUGUGACCGACGACCAGUAUUUGGAGCAUGCCUUGUCCCUCAAAAAAGGGAGGGACAGGAAGACUACAGACUACAACCUGCCUCGUGAGUGCAUCCGUAACUACUUCCCCGCGAGGAGGUGUUUCGUGUUCGCGACCCCCACCACCCCGGAGAACAUGUCGCGCCUGGAGACCCUGGACGAGGACGAGCUCAGCCCCUCGUUUCGUCGCGUCGCCUCCGCCUUCUGCGGUUACGUCUUCGAGAAGAGCUCCGUCAAGACGGUCAAAGGAGGGCUGCCCGUGACCGGAAGGAUGCUCGGCCACUUGGCGAAAGUCUACGUGGACACCAUCGCCCGAGGCGACGUGCCCUGCCUGGAGAACGCCGUGCUAACCAUGGCGCAGAUCGAGAACGAGGCUGCGCGGCGGGACGCGCUGAAGGAGUACCAGGAGGGCAUGGGGGUGCUCCGCUUCCCCGUGGACAUGGAGCAGAUGUCCCAGCAGCACAGGCGCUGGGAUUCGCAGGCCACCAAGACCUUCAUGGGCCGCUCCUUCAAAGACGAAGACGGCCAGCACCUGAAAGCCCUGGCGGAGGCCAUCGCGAAGCAGUAUGCUGAACUUCUCUGCCAGAACGAGGCGGCGUCUGAGGAUUUCUGCAGGAAGCUCCUGACUGACCUGUCUGCCCCGAUGGCCCAAAAAAUGCAGGGCGGCUUCUACGCCACGCCGGGAGGGUACGAGCUGUACUGCGCCGACAAGGACAGCGUGGUGGCCAAGUUCCGCAGCGAGCCUGCCAAAGGCGUCCGGGCAGAGGAAGUACUGGAAAUGUUCCUGAAGGAAAAAAGUGUGGAAUCCAACUCCGUUCUGCAGGCUGACAAUAAGCUCAGCGAGCAGGAGAGAAAGAUUCACGAGCAAAACCUGAAAGCCACUCUGCUGGAGCAGGAGAGGCAGGCGGAGGAGGAGCGGCGGGUGGAGGCGGAGAGGACCCUGGAGGACGAGCGCCAGAGUCAGGCGGAGAAGAUCCGCAUGAUGACGGAGAGGGUGGAGGAAGAGAUGAAGCAGCAGCGGGCCGAGGCGGACAGGGCCAUGGAGUGUAAGCUGCAGGAGCAGAGGGACCUGCUGGAGAAAGGGUUCAGGGAGAAGGCCGAGCUCAUGAACCAGGAGAUCCAGAUCCUCAAGGAGAAGAAGGGGAACCACAGGGUGGUGCUGUUGGAACAGGAGAAAAGGAGGGAGACGGAGAGAGCGGAACGGGCUCAGAAGAUUCUAAGUGACCAGGAAGAGAGUCACCAGGAGACCAUUCGUCAGUUAAUGGGCAAGAAGGAGAAGGAGUUGGCUGAAGCACUGAAGGAGAUGGAGCAAGCGCUGGACAGCAAACUGCUGGAACAGGAGCGGCUGGUGUCCAAGGGGUUCCAGAGAAAAGAACAGGCCCUGAGGGAGGAGAUCCAGAAUCUGAAGGAGGAUAUAAAAAGCACAAAGCAGAGAGAGAAGGCUGCCCAGCAGCAGAUGGUGACGAGCCUGACCAUGGCCAUCGCUGAUGGUUUCCAACGCUACAUGGAGUACAAGACAGCCUGCGAGGAGAGCAAACUACUGGAACUGCAAGACGCGGAGAGAAAAUACAAGCUCCGGCCGGAGUCGGGUCAGCUCCACCACGGCCCCAGGCCCGGCUUAAGCCAGGGUGGGGGGUUAAAGCAAGGCGCUCCGGGGCAAGGAGGCCCGAACCUCCAAGAGCACCAGCAAGGGGAGGACGAACCUGGACAGGCACAGGCAAGCUCCUCUAUGGCUGGCGCGGCGGUGGAACAAGCUCAUUCAAAGUCCAAUGUGAGCCCCUGAGGAAGGAGCAAAUCCGCAGCGUGAGGGCAGUACAUUGAAUUCCGUAUGGUUGGCUGCAGGUUACUCAUUAAAAAAUGUCUGAUUUUUAAAAAUUUAUGUUUUACAAAUUAUAGCUUUUGUUGCACUGUUAACAUGCAGCAUGUUUCAGUAAUGUUAUGCUUGGAGGCUUCUUGGUGAUGCAGGUUGUAGAUGAAUGGAGAUGCAAAUUAGAUGUACUUAUGCAUAUGCUCAAGCUCAGUUGAGUAAGGAUUCAUGUAUUUACCCUGUACAGCACUGAAUUAAGUAUAAAGAUAAAUCAAUUUAAUAAAAUAAAAGCUGUAAAUUUAUUAUAA